AUGCAUCUUCCGGCCACCGGCGCUGCCCCAAGCGAGUGCCAAAGUCCCUCGAUGCCGACCACAAUCAACGACAUGUUCGCGAACCUGCACGAGAUGCUGCAGGAGUACCACGGCGAGCUCGUCCAGACCGGCUCACCGGCCGUCCUCUGUUCCGCGCUUCCGACGCACUGGCGCUCGAACAAGAGUUUGCCGUGCGCGUUCAAGGUGAUCGCCCUGGAUGACAUCCAGGAUGGGACGCUGGUGACGAUCAAGGCGGGCAACGACGAGAACUACCACGCGGAGUUGCGGAACUGUACCGCGGUCAUGAAGAACCAGGUGGCCAAGUUCAACGAUCUGCGCUUCGUCGGCCGGUCCGGGCGGGGCAAGUCGUUCUCGAUCACCAUCACCAUUAGCUCGUACCCGUGCCAGAUCGCCACCUACACGAAGGCCAUCAAGGUGACGGUCGAUGGGCCGCGCGAGCCACGCUCCAAGCAGAACUUUGCCUACGGGCAUCCGGGGGCGUUCAAUCCGUUCAUCCUGAACGCGGGCUGGCUGGAUGCGGCGUACAUGAACUAUGCAUGGUCCGAUUACUUCCGCCAGCACCAACAGCAGCAGCAGGCGGCGGCGGUGCUGCAGGUUCCGCCACCGUCGGCGCCCCAAACGCAGCCGGCGGCCACGGUGCUCGGGUGUCUUGACAAAGUUGGAAGCGGUGCAACAACCAUCGGCAACGGGCCCCCCAAUCUGCUCGCCAGCCCAACCGCAGCCAGAGCCACCAGCCUCAGCAGUGCCGUGACGAGCGAGCUCGUGACGCUCCGCUCCACCGCCAGCCAACCAGUGCCUGCGUCUGCGGCCGCCGUGGCCGGUGUCGGGCCGCCGAACGGGCUGGCCGGCGGCAUGCCGCACACCGCCGCCCUCCUGACAAACCCCGCCUACGCCCCACCGGCCCUGCCCUCGUUCGCGGUCCAGCCGACGGACCACCAGCAGCUGAAAUCACCUUUUCUGCCUUACGACAUCACCGCCUUCCGCACGACGGCGGCAGCCGCCGCAGCGGCAGCAGCCGCCAACGGCGGCGGCGGCGCCCAGGGAGCCCCGCAGCAGCAGCAGCAGCAGCACCUGGCGGCCACCAUCACCACCCUGCACCAGCACCAACACCACCACCAGCACCACCAGCAGUCGGCCACCAGCACCGACUCCGCCUCAUCGCGCCUCUCGUCCACCUCGUCACGCAACUCGAAUGCCAGCCCACCGCCAAUCAUAUCGACCACCGCCGCCACGGCCCUAUCGGCGGCGACGGCGGCUGCAGCCGCCGCGGCCGCCGCAGCCGCCGCUCUCGGGGCGGCCAACCCGGCGGCCCUCCUCGGCCAGAACGACACCAGCAACGGCGAUCUGUCGUCGGCGAACGAGGGCGACGACUCCGACGACGAGCAGAUCGACGUGGUCAAGUCGGCCUUCAUCCCGAUCCUGCGGCCACCGGCCGCCCCCUCCGCCGAGACGACGGUCACCGGCGGCAGUGGCAGCGAGACGCGCGACAACUCGCCCGACAUCUGCUGCGAUCUGGGAGCGGGCUGCGGCAAACCGGAAACGCCCGACUCGACGACCGCGGCCAAUAACGUCACGACCACCACCACGGCCACCGCCAACGCCAACGCCACCGCCACCACCAUCGUUUCGCCCCGCAUCGGGCUGCGGUGCGAUCUGAAGGCCCUGUCCACGCGGAAGCAACUGCUUCACGAUCCGACUCCGAUCGUCGUCGUGGCGGCCAAGCACCAGCACCAGCAGGAGCUCGCCCUGCAGCAGUCGCCCCCCGAGCGGACCAAGCUGCGGUCGCCGAACCUCAUCAAACAGACGCAGAAGACCGUCUGGCGGCCGUACUGA